UUCUUUUCUUCAGCCGAUCACUUCGUUGCAUGCUGCUUUGAGUCCCAUCUUCUCGCCGGAGAAAAUUCGAGAUCCAGCUCCGACCAGUACGAAUUCCUUCCCGGAGAUGGCUGUAAAGAAGUUUCGACUCCGUUGAUUGCUUCGGAGUCCACCAUCGCUGGAAUCAGGGCAUCGCAUUGUCUUCAUGGUUGGAAGAAUCUUCCGCGAUCGAAUGUAACUGCGAGCUUUCAUGCCUAGGGUUUUUGGGAAGCCGUCGAUUCUGUGCCCUAUUUCUAUUUCUCUGUUUCUGAAUCCCUAAAUUUGCUCUUGUACUGAUACUGUGUAGUCUGUUAAAAAUGAUUGCUGAGAUGUUGAGAAAACACUAAAAACAAGAUUAGGAUCAAUUCUCUUGUUUCCUCUAGUUUUGGGUCCUGUACAAUUGAUUGA